GGCUUAGCCUAGUGAUAGCUCACGUGGCUCUCAGGUCGUUCCUUCUUGCCAUUGGGCUUCAGUAAUUAUAGGCACACUCCCGGGAGGGAGCUGAGCUCUGGGAGCAUAUAUUAUGCAAAUAAGGGAAAGUGCAGCACGGGGCAGACCUGAUGCCUCGAUUCAUUCAUUCCGCCAGAGCUUGCUGGGGGGGAAACAGCUAAGGAAGGAGGGGGGGGUAUCUAUUGUUUUACAGGAUAUAUAAGAUGUCUGAAGCCAGUCGUGUGCCAAACUUGCUGCUCACACGACUUGAUAGCGGCAGAGAUCACUUCAGAGACAAGAGCUGUCGCGUGUCAUUCCUCUCGCUUUUCUUUUCUCCAGGACUUCCAAGAAUUCAAGUUUUCCUUCUCUUCAGGUUACACUUGGAAACUUGGCGUGCGUGUAUGUGCGGACUGCCGCCCUGACAACCAAGAUGUCCUCUGCCUUGGAGACCAGUUACUCUGACCUUGAGAACAGCAGUGAUGUGUCCUUUUGCCUCACUGAUGAUGAAGGGAAUUUCAGCAGCCUUCCAGCUCCUUCCCCGGCCUCUCCAAAGCAUGACACUUCCCCAGAGCACAUCCCCAAGAAGUGCGAAGAAGAGAAAGAAAGGAAGAGGCGGCGAGGCCGCACCAAGGUCAAGAACGAAGCUGUCCUUCACACGAUCAAAAAGACUAGGCGGGUCAAGGCAAAUGACAGGGAGAGGAAUCGCAUGCACAACCUCAAUGCAGCACUGGAUGAACUUAGGAGUGUCCUGCCAACCUUUCCAGAUGACACCAAGCUGACCAAGAUAGAAACUCUGCGCUUUGCCUACAACUACAUCUGGGCCCUCUCUGAGACUCUAAGACUGGCUGAUCAGUGCCUCCAGAAACCACCCAAAGAAAUGCUUCUGCCCAGCUACUUGAGUUCCACAGACCCUCCUAGCCCUGGCAGUGAUGCAGGCUCCUGGAUGUCCACUGCAUCUCCUUCCACCUCCUCUCUUUCUGCCUGCAUAUCCAACCCUAGUAGUCCAGCAGCCUCUGAAGAUUGUUGUUAUGGGCGCACAGAGAAAUUCUUCUCCUUCCAUAGCCUCCCUAAAGACUUAUUACAGACCUCCUCUUGCUUUGUGCAGUACCAUUAGGGGAAGGCACUUUAGGGUGAGAGGAGUCUACUUGUUCCCACAGAAGCAAAAACUCCUUUUUCUUUUAGUUACCAAGAUUGGUCAGUACUUGCUUAGCCUGAUGAACUUUCUAGUUAAGAUUUAGGUACCACAAAGAAACAGGGUAGGGAGAGUGGAUUUUUGGCUUUUAAAAACCCAAGCUUCUGAGUUUUAUGUUAUUUCCCAUCAAAAGUCAAAGUUAUAUGAUCUGUUUACAUAGCAAUGCAGCUAGGAGAGUUUGGGAAAUAUAGAUGAUGUGACAACAUAAGGCCAGGUUUAGACCAGUCUUUAUUGUACUAUUUGAACAGAUCCCCAUUUGGCUGAAACAGUAACAGAAUCUAGGCCACAAUAUGAUUAUAUUUUCCCUUCUGCCCUUUGCUUGCUUUCUUCUCCCUUAUUUGCACUUUCUUGAAACUUCACAAAUCCCACUUUGUUUCAUUCCUUUUCACUGGCCUAAGCUCUUGGGCAUCAAUGUGAUUUAGAAAAGGGAAGAAAAGGGACAGAUUUGCUGCUACAAACAAGGUGAAAAGUCAAUUUUACAAUUUGUAGAACUCUAAUGAAGAAAAAUGAGCAUGAAAAUUUGGUUUGAACGCCCUGACAAUACAAUGAAAAGGCUUAGGGAGGGCUGAUACAGCUGGGUGCGCAGGGCUGUUUGCUGGGUAUGUAGCACUGCAGAUUUGUGGUGAAUAUAAUGGGCCUGGAUGGAACUUAGUUUCUCCCUGGUGGAACUCUGAUCCCUAACAUGAUCAGUCCCUGAAGAGGGCAGACAAGGAACUAGGUUCAUGCAUUAUGGAUCUUGACCUCCACCGCGGCUGUCCUGUUUUCGAGUAGGACUAGACAUGUGGCAUUCAUUGAGUCUGAUGCUAGUUUAAUUUAUUCAAGGAUUUUCAUUCAUAUGAAAAUUGUAUUUUUUGUACAUAAAGAGCUUUAUCCUUAUUAUUAUGUCAAUGUUUUCAAAGAAUAAAACAAAAUGGUGUACUUUUUAAAAAGAAAAACUCUUGUAAAUAAAUUUUUAAAAGAUUUGUAACUUCGGUGAAUGUGGGUUAAUUCUUUUCAGAAGUUGUAUUUUUAAUAAAACAAAUCUAAAGAGAA